AUGGAGGAGACGUGGAAAGUUGUUGGAAGAUUCCUGACUCAGAAGAUGGUGAAGUUGGAGUUUAUGCGUCAGGUUUUAGCUUCCGUUUGGCAACCGGUCAGAGGGGUUCAGGUUACGGAGAUCCAGAGGGGUGUGUUCUUGUUCGUUUUCUUUCAUAGAACGGACGUGGAUUAUGUCUUGGAUGGAGGACCCUGGGCUUUUGAGAAUAAUGCCUUAGUUUGCAGGGAGGUACCGCCGAAUACUCUCCCCGGGGAGAUCCCGUUGAACACAAUUGAUAUGUGGGUGCAGUUACACGAUAUGCCGUUGGGAUAUACAUCUCAAACGGUGUUAGAGCAGGCUGGCAAUUUCAUUGGUACCUUUGUGAAACAUGAUGAUCGGUUUGAAGGGGCCCCGUGGUUGACUUUCCACCGAAUUAGGGUUUCUAUUCCGGUGGAUAAACCAUUACGGCGACGAAUGAAGCUACUGAAGAGGGAUAAGACCACGGCUUGGGUAACGUUUUGCUAUGAACGGUUGCACAGGUUUUGUUUUUACUGCGGAUUAAUGGGACAUCUUUAUAAUUUUUGUAUUAAGGCGCGGGACUCUAGUAUACCAUUGGAGCGGUACCCGUAUGGUCCGGAUAUGCGAGCUGGUGGCUCCCGGAGCGCUCCUAGAGCGGUUGGGGAGAGCUGGCUUGUGCCGGUUGGCGGGAGACCACGUCCAAUAGAGGUGGAUGGCGGGAUGACCGGGGCGGCAGUGGUACGGCCCAGUGGUGCCGUACCGGUGCGGGGCAGAUUUGUGGCCGAAGAGCAGGUGGAAGCCACCGGGAAAAGGCGCAGGCAGGCUGAGAGAGACCGACGAGGUACGGAGUUUGAGGGAGAGGAUGUUAUUAUGCAAGAAGGUUCAAAAAACUUGUCCAUGGCGGGAGCUGCUGCACAGUCCCGCCCGUCCCAAUGA